AUGUCGAAUACACGAGAGGAUGACGAGCCUCUCCAGACCCCUACUACACCCUUGCGGAGAGAGCGGGCUCCCACGAUCACUAUCGACACCUCCGCCGUGAACUCGCCAAAUAACGGCCAACCGCCCGUCCAAUUCCUUUCCGGUUCCGAGCAAGCCUCGACGGAAAAUCUUAAUAAUAAUAAUAAUGGAGAAUCGCCCAGCGCCAGGUGGGCAGGUCAUGACGACACUGUGUCCCCUACAGAUCGAAGGUCCACAGCAUCGAUUCGUUCAAAUGCUUCUUCAGAAGCUCGAGAUCGAGACCCCGAAAACCGACCUACUUCGCCUCACAAUAUCUCAUCCCCAAAGGCCAAGCAGUCAGAAUCACAUUCCAACUUCUUGUCUGUCCCAGGCACGCGCUCACGGGGGAACUCCCUUGAAUCGGAAGAUGCCGUCAGCCAAACUUCCAGUAUAUAUGGCGGCGAUACAUAUGUCCCUAGCCAGUCUCACCACUCGCAUUCCCAAUCCGACUUGACCAAGCACACCAAUAUCGAUGAAGAGGACGCUUUAACCCCGGACCCCGGCCGGGAAGCCGAGUUUGAAGUCGAAAACAAUCGGUUUGCCUUUUCCCCGGGCCAACUCAAUAAGCUUCUGAAUCCGAAGAGCUUCUCUGCUUUCCGUGCACUGGGGGGACUGCGAGGUCUCGAAAAGGGGCUGCGGACGGAUAUCCAAAGUGGUCUCAGCACCGACGAGGCUGCGUUGGAUGGGGCUGUGGGAUUUGAAGAUGCCGUUGGCUCGGGGUCUUUACCUAAAACAGCUUCCCCAGUUGGACAGCCACCUGUAACGCCUACAGAAACGAAGACUGACACUGAUGCAAACCAAGAGUUUUCAGAUCGGAAGCGAGUCUAUGGCAAUAACCAGCUCCCAGAGAGAAAGUUAAAGACCAUCUGGGAAUUGGCCUGGAUAGCUUUCAAUGACAAGGUGCUCAUCCUGCUGACGAUUGCCGCCAUCGUCUCUCUGGCUGUUGGUAUCCCCCAGUCAAUUCACCCAGCUGAUCCAGACGAGCCGGGCGUGGAAUGGGUGGAAGGCCUCGCUAUUCUAAUCGCCAUCAUCAUUGUUGUGACUGUUGGCGCCUCGAAUGAUUGGCAAAAGGAACGGCAAUUUGCAAAGCUUAACAAGAAGAAAAGAAACCGACUCAUCAAGGUGAUGAGAUCCGGCAAAACUGUGGAGAUAUCCAUUCAUGAAAUUCUUGUUGGCGAUGUGAUGUACGUGGAAGCUGGCGAUCUAAUACCCGUGGAUGGUAUCCUCAUCGAUGGCCACGGUAUCAAGUGCGAUGAAUCCUCCGCUACUGGUGAAUCCGACCUUCUUCGAAAGACCCCUGGUGAAGACGUUUAUCGAGCUAUCGAACAGCAACAGGACCUCAAAAAGAUGGACCCCUUCAUCGUUUCCGGCGCUAAGGUCUCAGAAGGUGUCGGAACCUUCCUGGUCACCGCCACUGGUGUGCACUCUACUCACGGCCGAACUAUGAUGUCUCUUCAAGAAGAAGGCGAGACAACCCCGUUGCAGACGAAGCUUAACAAACUUGCCGAGUACAUUGCUAAAUUGGGUCUCGCCUCUGGUCUACUUCUUUUUGUGGUUCUUUUUAUCAAGUUCCUAGCGGGACUGAGUAAGAUCGAGGGUGGUGCGGAUGCCAAGGGCCAAGCUUUCCUGCAGAUCUUUAUUGUGGCUGUCACCAUCGUCGUUGUGGCGGUGCCUGAAGGUCUACCAUUAGCGGUCACGCUCGCCCUGGCCUUCGCCACGACAAGAAUGAUCAAAGACAAUAACCUCGUUCGCUUCCUCAAGGCCUGUGAAACCAUGGGAAAUGCCACAACAAUUUGUUCCGACAAGACAGGUACCCUCACAGAAAAUAGGAUGAGUGCUGUUGCUGCCACAUUGGGAACUUCAUCGCGAUUUGGAGACAAGGGACCUGCUGCUGCUGAAUCAGGAGAUGUUUCUGCAUCGGAGUUCGUGUCUACUCUUUCGCCGUCUGUCAAGGACCUUCUACUCAAAUCAAUCACCCUCAAUUCUACCGCCUUCGAGGGUGAGCAGGAUGGAGUGAAGACUUUUAUCGGCUCUAAGACUGAAACUGCCCUGCUCUCAUUCGCCCGCGAGCACCUUGGAAUGGGUCCUGUCAGCGAAGAGCGAGCAAAUUCGAAGAUUGUGCAAAUGUAUCCUUUCGACUCAGGCCGCAAAUGUAUGGCUGUCGUGUUUCAGCUUGAAAAUGGGAAAUACCGGAUGGUGGUCAAGGGUGCGGCGGAAAUCUUGAUGGCGAAAUCCACAAAGAUCGUGCGCGAUCCUACUGUCGCUCUCGAGGCUUCACCGCUGUCUGAAGAAAACCGCUCCACUCUGGAUAAUAUCAUCGUCAACUAUGCGUCGCGUUCUUUGCGAUGUAUCGGUCUUCUCUAUCGAGACUUCGAUCAAUGGCCGCCCCAUGGAGUAUCAACCUCAGGCUCUCGGGAUGGCGCUGAUUUUGAAGAAAUCUUCAAAGACAUGUCUAUUUUUGGUAUCUUUGGUAUUCAGGACCCUGUUCGGAAAGGAGUCGCUCAAGCUGUCAACACUUGCCAGCGCGCCGGCGUCUUUGUGCGUAUGGUAACUGGUGACAACAUCAUGACUGCAAAGGCUAUCGCCGAGGAGUGUGGUAUCUAUACUCCCGGUGGAAUCGCCAUUGAAGGCCCCGAGUUUCGGAAGCUGAGUACACGACAAAUGAACCAGAUUAUUCCUAGGCUUCAAGUAAUCGCUCGAUCCAGCCCUGAUGACAAGAAGCUUCUCGUGAACCAGCUCAAGAAACUUGGGGAGACGGUUGCUGUUACUGGUGACGGUACCAACGAUGCUCAGGCGCUCAAGAAUGCCGAUGUUGGCUUCGCUAUGGGUAUUGCUGGCACUGAAGUAGCCAAGGAAGCAUCGGACAUCAUUUUGAUGGAUGACAACUUUGCGUCCAUUGUCAAGGCUAUGGCGUGGGGUCGCACUGUUAGUGAUGCUGUGAAAAAGUUCCUCCAGUUCCAAAUCACUGUCAACAUUACUGCUGUGGUCCUCACUUUUGUCUCCGCAGUUGCCAGUCCCACCAGAUCCUCCGUGCUCAGUGCUGUCCAGCUGUUGUGGGUGAACCUGAUUAUGGAUACUUUCGCUGCUCUUGCACUGGCAACCGAUCCCCCAUCACCGUAUGUUCUCGAUCGCAGGCCUGAAUCUAAAGCGGAUCCCUUGAUUACUCUCACGAUGUGGAAGAUGAUUGUUGGUCAAUCAAUCUAUCAACUAGUCGUGACCUUCGUUUUGAAUUUUGCCGGCAAACAUAUCUUCCCCUGGGAUGAAGGUCAUAUGCAGACAGUAGUGUUCAACACUUUCGUCUUCAUGCAGAUCUUCAACCAGUACAACUCCCGUCGAAUCGAUAAUAAGCUCAACAUCAUGGAAGGAAUAUGGCGCAACAAGUGGUUCAUCGGUAUUCAACUCAUCAUCGUUGGUGGUCAGGUUUUGAUUAUCUUCGUGGGAGGCCAGGCCUUCUCUGUCAAACGCCUUGACCAGGGCUCACAAUGGGCUGUCAGCCUGGUCCUCGGUGCGAUUUCGCUACCCAUCGCAGUGAUCAUCCGCCUCAUUCCCGAUGAAUUCGUCAGCAAAUUCGUCCCACACUUCUGGCAUAGCCGCAAGCAAGGUGGGCCGGAGCUUGUUGUGUCUGAUGAAGACCGCCGCUAUGAAUGGAACCCCGCACUGGAGGAGAUUCGUGACCAGUUGGCUUUCAUCAAGUCUGUCCGAGGUGGUCGUAUCCGCCACAUCCGCCACAAGCUGCAACACCCUCAGGAGUUUUUGCCUAGAUCUCGCAGUGGCUCGCGAUCACGGGAAUCCUCGGUCCCGGCAACCCCCAACGGCGAGUCCGGCAGCCCGCCCCCUCAGCCUCCGACUCCCGAGUCGCGAUCCCGUCGCGGUACCCGAUCUCGUUCCAACUCAACCUUCGGACCUGCAGCCGCAAUGGCUGGAGUGAUCGCCGGUAGUAUCGCCGGAUGGUCCCCUAUUGAUCACGGUCAAGAUGAAACCAAUUCCAUCACUUUCCCGCCCACGGGCACUUCUGGUGGAACGGAUCGCCAGCCUGGCAUUGAAAUCCACCCUGACACCUCGGCCGAUGACCGCAUCGUAGGCGAAUACUCUCAUGACCCCAGGAAUCCACCCAGUCAGAACCCGGAUUUGAUUCCUUUCUUCGAGCACGCGCCUCCUUCAACCUCCGAUCGAGCACCCUCUAGUCGAGGCCGUCGCUCUAUGUCUCAACGUUCUCGAUCAAGUCAGAGUCAGUCACGAGUCUGA